UUUUCACGUACGCUGGUAAAGCACACAAGAGAAGCCAAGUGUACAUUCCUCGACCUCAAUCAAGACAUAUCGGUCUCACAACUCUACGGCCAAGACUUUAUGCCUCUGCAGCGUCAAUCGGUGAUGAUCAAGGGAUCACGGAGCAAUGCAAUCUUCACGCUCCAGGUGAUUAGUGAGCCCGGCUUAAUUCCCGGAUGUGGUUCGAAGUCCUACAACUCUAGCGUAAGAAUACUUUCCAUAUUCCUUGGCUCAGUGGUUCCGAGUCCAGCAUACUCUUUUCCGCUAAAUGUUGCGUUGCCGGAGCUGGCAAGUGGUGCUCGUUCUGUUCUUCGCAUCACCGGCGGCAUGGAAGCUCCUCUUCCUGGUCGGCCUGGUGCUCGACUGCUGCUCAACAAUCUAUGCUGUUCACGCUUUUCUGGUGAUCUUUCCUCGUGGACUUGUGUGGAGCUCCAGGUGCCGAGUUAUAUAUCACUGUUUGAGUUGGCGGUGCUCAAACUCAACGCAGUUAUUCCGCAGCCUCCAAACACCCCACUGCUUAUCAAGCUAGUCUGCGUCAACUUCCAAGGAGAUUACAAUACUACUAACUUUCCAGCAAUCUGCGAGCGGGAAGUACAUCGCGACAUUGUGCCUGAGCGAGGAAAACAAGAAGCUCCUUGGUUCCUUGGUGCUCGGCUGCUGCUCAACGAUGAUGAAAGCCCUCAAUGCUCUUUACGGUUUUGUGGCGCUCUUUCCUCCGGGACUUGUGUUGAGCUCCAGGCGCCGAUUUAUCCAUCACUGAUCGAGCGAGCGUCACUUUAUGAACCAUAUCGGGUGUUCUCGUUUGGUGUCAUCGACAUCAGCAAGAUCACGCUCAAGACAAUGUCGGGGCUUACUUUCCCGUGGCAUAGCAGCAUUCGUGCUUUGGAAUCGACACUCCCUGAUGAUCACGAUGCUUAUACAGAUGAGGUCUUUGACAUGUUUAUUAAUCUUAUUCACGCGUCAAAAGGUGGCUGGAAAUAUUUCAAUUUACAUGGACUAUACGCUGGCUUUAAAGACGCUUGGCUUUUGCGUGGUGGCCAAUUUCGAGCUCAGGUACAAGAGCUGCGAAGGCGUGGUGCUCCACCUUUUAGUGCCACGAGCGAGCAGCAAAACUAUGAGUGGGAAAGUCACAACAUUCUACCUGAGCUAGAAAAACAAGAAGCGGUCAGCUUGGAUGAUCAGUCAGACAACAGUGCUAUUUUAAUGAGCAGGCCACCCGAUAGAUGAAGGAUGGAGCGACUUUUCCGAAUUGGUGAGCGAUAAGCAAGGAGAUAGUGCUGUUUUUGUGGAGAUCCGUGAAGCUCAUCAACCUGGGAGCUCAGAGAACGAGGGUGAUUUGACGCCUUAUGCAGCAGCAGAACUGCUAGAUGCCUUGACAUUCAUGGGCGACAUUGCGACACCAUUGUUUUGUGCCACCGGAAUUGAGAAGGCGAUUAUUAUGACAAGUGGUGGUGAACAAAAGGUGUGCUAGCAUUUUCAAGGCCAUUUCAGCGUAUGCAGCACCCAUACAGCCGUGAGGCAAAGGAUCAAAAUCCAGCAAGCUCUCGCCGCUGUCACCGUGACAGAAAAUUGAAGCUGACAUAAUUUUAUUUUCCCUCAAGGAUCAUCACGGUCAAAUGAAACACCGGAAGUAUUGGAGCUGCCUUCGACACGAAGUUUACGGUAGCAAGUUGCGGGAGGUGAAGCAGCUGGCUUGCUACAAACAGUUGGUUUGACUUAGCUACGAGCGGCUGGACGAGGCGGAGGGUCUCAGGGAUGACGAGCGUUGAUCCAGACUUCAGCAAGUUGCUUUUCCACUCUGGAUAUGUGCAAAUGUGUGGCUCCUAGGCGAGCCUGGAUCGCCAGGCCAGAGAGUUGCUGCAAGACGGGAACUCUGGUAUUCCUGAGAACUCACAGAUGUAUCUACUCCAGCUCGGCAGGCAUGCUCUCGGCAGCUACAGAGAGAAAUGUUCCGGCUUUGGAAGAUGGCGAUCCAGUUCGAAUUCUCGGCCAAGAGUCCUCUGGAGACAACGAGGUUGACAAAGAAUACAAACUACCUGGACAAGGCUGUACUCUUAUUCUAGUUCCGUCAGGCUUUCAAACAGGCUUUCUCCAAGAUUUACACGGUUUUGCUCUGUUCGACCAAGGCAGAGUGGAUGAGGCGUAGUUCUCCUUGAAGCUGGUAUGGUAUUGCAACUUCUGGCUGAAAGCUUCUCGUCACCGACUGUUUCCAUCAUAGGCAGGAAACUUGUAUGAAGUCUUUGACGUGGUGCCAGAGACGGAAGUUUCUCCAAACUGUGACUUCGACAUGGAAAGCUCGACUUCUUCGUAAGGGAAAAAAGCUCGGAGGCAGGCUGUGCCAGGCUCAUAGGCUCGAUCGUUCGAAACGUCGUCUGAUUCACGAGGCAAUGAAGGAGUCCAGGUGCUCGGCCGACGUGCCUGCUACGGAGGAUUCCAGAAGCUUACGACAAUGUGGUCACCUUCGUGUAUAGCACUCUGCGGUGGAGGCUAUCUCUUCUAACAGGUUCCUGAGCAGUGCUACGAGCAAAUUCUUGAAAGGAAAGGAGCGAGCUAGUUUUGAGGCCGCGAGGACAGGUUUUGAGGCACCAUAGCUUCCGGAUUGAGGCACAACUCCAGGGUUUUACGGAGUUUGGAAAGUCGAGUAGAAACUCCAGGGUGAUGCAGAAGCUGGAACAGAUCCUUCAACAGAUUUCUCGAGCAUGACCAGUGGUUUGCAACCUCCACUUUGUCGAGACCUCGAGGGUGCUCAGGAUGAUAUUUAGCUUCUCCUUGAUGAUGGAAAAACUGGCGGCAGCAACGAUCUGAGGACGCAGAUAUUUGAACUUCUGGACCAGCUGAGGAUGGCAAUGAUACCGAUUCUUGCCGUAUACAAGGUGGUGGUGGCAGUGCAAGUACACCGACCGCUUAAGCAGGAAAAUAUGGAAGGUGUUGAGUUUGGGGAGGUGGUAAUGAAACACCUGUGCAAGCGACUGUUCUUUCAUCGGCUUUUCUUUCAGGAUAGAAGCUGCAUUGUUUAGAACAAGGUACGCGUUCGGGCGGCCUGCCAUACAAAGUGUCCAACGAGCACUCACGCCGGAGAUAUAGAGCUCAUGGGCAGAGAUGAUUUGCUCACCUUGACGGUUGGACGAGGCAAAGGAUGUAAAUCCAGCAAGCUCUGGUCGCUCUACUUUGCGAGCUGGGAUCACAGGAGUCAGGGAAAUGCUAGAAGCCGAGUUCAAGGUGUUGCUCAAGAAUAUAGUCACCUAUAACAUUAAUGCA